GCUCAAGCCGGGGACUUUCUACUUUGGAGGUCCAUCAAGCAGCUCCUCCAUCGUGGACAAUUGCGAUCAAUCAAAAGAAAUGCGUCACCAGUGAUAAGUAGGCAGCUACACUUACGUUGAAGGGAGUGGGCUAGGUCGGGUUAUGCUCCGUAGACAGAAAUGUGAAUUGUCUGUCGGGAAAAGGCAUUGUUAGUAAGGUGAAGAGGGGCAAGAGUGGGGAGCAAAUGAUGAUAAGAUGGCCACCAUAUUUCGCUAGAGGACGCGGCAAAUAAAUGCCUAAUCCUCUCCAUUUCCCUUAAGUCCCUUAAGUCCCCCCUUAAGUCCCCCCUUAAGUCCUCCCUUAUACCCCGAUACCUUCUUCAUCUCUUCUACUUCAUUCCAGUUUUACGGUCCCUUUCGUCUCUUCUCCGUUAUACCCUCUUCCAAAAUGGCCUCCAAUCCUCCUGGCGCCUGCUGUGCUACCGGUUUCAAGCACGAAGGUACCCCCAUCGGCGAAAUCAAGAACAUCAACGGAACUGAAACCUACAUUGUCUAUCCCAAGGGUAACCAGACCCCGGAGAAGGCCAUUUUGAUCCUGAGUGAUAUCCUAGGCAUCUACACCAACACCCAACUGUUGGCCGAUGCUUAUGCUGCCAAUGGGUACCUAUGCGUUGUUCCCGAUCUUUUCCGGGGUGACUGCCGCACUCUGGAACAAUUUGAGUCUGGCAACGCCGACCUUCCAUCAUGGCUUACUAACCACCAGUCUGCGGUGGUCGACCCCGUGGUGGAAGCUAGCAUCAAAUACCUGAGGCAGGAGCUUGGUAUUAAGCGCAUUGGUGCUGUCGGCUACUGCUUCGGCGGCAAGUACACCUGCCGUUUCCUGAAGCCUGGAAAGGUUGAUGCCGGCUACACUGCUCACCCAUCCUUCAUCACUGAGGAGGAACUUGCUUCGAUUAGUGGCCCCCUGUCGAUUGCUGCUGCUGAAAUCGACCCAAUUUUCACAACCGCCCUCCGUCACAAGUCCGAGGAAAUCCUGAUUGAUACAAAGCAGCCCUGGCAGAUCAACCUAUACAGCGGUGUCUCCCACGGGUUCGCCGUUCGUUCAGACCUGAGCGUCCCCCACUUCAAGUUCGCCAAGGAGCAGGCCUUCGCUCAGGCUAUUAGCUGGUUCUGCCAGUACUUGUAAACCUACCUAGCUAGGGUCCGGGGUUUAGUGCCUUUUUUUUUU